CUUAAACCUUAUUUUUACUUAUAAAUUAUAAUAAUGUGAAAAGUGGGGUGACGGUAAGUCGGUGAGCGAGUAUCCGGAGCAAAAGAGUUGAAUGGGGGAUCCCGAUCCCGAUCAACCGAAAGCUUUAGCUGCUCUUGAUUCCUCUAACAUCGGAUUUCAGCUUUUGAAGAAGCAUGGUUGGAAGGAAGGAACUGGUCUUGGUGCUUCUCAACAGGGUAGGUUGGAGCCGGUAGAAACAUAUUUUAAAAAGAACAAAAGAGGUGUAGGAGCAGAAAAGGUGAAAAAGAAGAUCUUGCAUUUAUCCACCACCACCCCUAGCGACAAGGAGAAACCAGAGAAAAUGUCAAAAAAGGCAAAAGCAUUAUCAAAAAGGAUGCGGAAAAUGCUGGAUGAAGAAAAGCGGCGGCAAGAGAUGGAUCUUCGACAAGCAUUCUUUAGAGAGUUUUGGCCAGAUAAUGUCUGACAUUGGGCUGACAAAUGCGACUAUAUGCUUUUUGUUACGUGUCCGCGAUAGAAGAGGCAUAUUCACUAACAUUCUCUACUGAUAAAGAGAGAGGAGGGUGGUGUUUGGUGGUGCACACUCUGAGGUGAAAUUACACAAUUAAUUCUUUGUUCUCGGCAUAACGUGCUAUGUAAAAAGCCAAAUGUUUUGCGAUAGCUUGUACAGGUCUUUCAUAUACCAGAAUUUGCUCUAUAUUAUUGAAACAAAUUUCUGGGAGCUAAAGUAGAGAAUCAUACAGGAUAUUCAAGAAUCGAAAAUGUUUGGAAUUUUACAAGCUUACAUAGUCUUGAUGAACUGCAAAUUUAUCUAAUGAGUGCUCACAUAGAGUUUCAAAUGAAGACAUGACAUGACGUUGAAGUGCAGUGAAGAUGUAUUUGUUAUCAUUAUCCAUGUUCCAUGCUGUUGAAGAUUUCGAUGGGUUGUUUUCUAAUAUACAACUUGGCGAGUGUUAAAAUUUCUUAUCUUGUAAGCUGCCGCCGAACAUGCUGUACUCGAAUCAUCUGUCUUGUGAAAUGAGUAUGAGCGUAACAAUUGCUCCUUGUUCAUUAA